AUGAACGUUCUAAUGCUGCGUCGAUCAGCUAUGGCGAUGGCUGCAAAGCCGUAUCUACAUCGUAGUAUACCCAUGGCUAUGGUUUAUAACACACGCGGGUUUGCAAAUGUUCCUGCACCUGGUAAACCCGAUCCAAAACCCACGUGGGGAGAGGUGAUUGAGAAAAUGUCGGACACUUUCUUCCUCUCGGAUGUAUUUCGUGCGCUUUGGUUAUCGUGGGAAGUUCAUAUGGAACGUAAAGUUACAAUCAAUUAUCCAUAUGAGAAGGGAAUGUUGAGUCCACGUUUCCGUGGUGAGCAUGCGCUACGUCGUUAUUCGAGUGGCGAAGAACGAUGCAUUGCAUGCAAGUUGUGUGAAGCGAUUUGUCCGGCGCAAGCGAUCACCAUUGAAGCAGAGACACGUGCGGAUGGUGCACGUCGUACAACACGCUAUGAUAUUGACAUGACCAAGUGCAUUUAUUGUGGGUUUUGCCAGGAAGCAUGUCCAGUAGACGCUAUUGUUGAAGGUCCAAAUUUUGAAUUUGCCACGGAAACUCACGAAGAGCUAUUGUACGACAAGGCAAAACUGUUAGCGAAUGGUGACAAGUGGGAGUUUGAAAUUGCCAAGAACCUCUCAGUUGAGCAGCUCUACCGUUAA